AUGGAUGGAAAAAACUCCAAAGAAGCUAUUGCCCAUUCAACAACAGAUGCUACUGCAAGUACAACAGCUUCAUCGGUAGCCAUGCUGCGAAGAGAGCGCAUGGCCGAAAACUAUUUGGUCAUCUGGGUCGAUGAAACCAUUGAUCCAAACAAUGAACAUUGUCAACAGAUACUCGCGGAAUUACGUGGUGUUGUCAACCAAAUCAAUCCAUGCACCACAACGGUACAAUGUGUUCAAUGGCUCAAUAAAAGCAAUGAGGAGACCUCAUUUGUUAUCUCCUCUGGUGCAUUUGGACAAAAGCUCGUACCAGACAUUCAUGAAAUGCCAAAACUUGAUGCUAUUUAUAUUUUUUGCACCAGCACAGAGCAUCAUGAACAAUGGGCCAAGAAUUGGACGAAAAUUAAAGUUCACCAAAGAUUACCAGAAAGACAUCCGGAUGAAGCUAUUGCAUACAGUAAUAUUGGUGAUGUUCAUCGUUUAAUGGGUGAUUAUGAACAGGCAAUUUCAUUUCAUCGGAAAGCAUUGAAUAUUGAAGAAGACGUUCAAUGUAAUCCUCUCGAAUGUGCAACGACAUAUAUAAAUUUAGGUGAAACUUACCGUGAAAUGAAAGAUUAUACAACAGCAUUAACGUAUUAUCAAAAAGGAUUAGAAAUAUGUGAAAAGAAACUACCAAAAAGUCAUCCUGAUUUAGCUGUAGUAUAUCACAAUUUGGCAAAAUUAUAUUUAUCUACUCGACAAUAUAAUAUGGCAAUGAAAAAUGUUCAACAAGCUGUAGAAAUUGCUCAAGAAAAAUUACCUUCAAAUCGUCCUCAUAUUUUGGAAUAUAAAGAAACAUUUGAAAAAAUUCGAAAGAAAAUGUAA